GCGCAGUGGCUGGUCGUUCGCGGCUCUGGUGUCUGGGCGGGUGCUUUGGGGAAGACGGGUGUGGGGCUGGGGGCGGAGACGCGGGACUGCGGGCGUGGCCGGGGGCGCGCGCAGCGGGCGCGCGGUCCCGAGUGAAAGGAGAAGGAGGGGCACAGGGGUGACGGUGCGGGAGCCGCUGCCAGCACCGGGGCGAGAGUCGGCGGCCGCGGCCCCGGCACACGGUGGACUAGAGGCCAGGUCAGCUGCCCGGACCCUCCGACGCAGCUCCAGACCCAGCGGCAGCGGUUUCUGGCGAGGUGGGGACGCGCUGCCAAACCCCAGCGAGGGAAGAUGUUCAACGUGGAGUCGGUGGAGCGGGUGGAGCUGUGCGAGAGCCUUCUCACUUGGAUCCAGACAUUUAAUGUGGAUGCACCAUGCCAGACUGUGGAAGAUUUAACGAAUGGGGUUGUGAUGGCCCAGGUUCUUCAAAAGAUAGAUCCUUCAUAUUUUGAUGAAAAUUGGCUUAACAGAAUCAAAACCGAAGUAGGAGAUAAUUGGAGGCUAAAGAUAAGCAAUUUAAAGAAAAUAUUAAAAGGAAUCCUGGAUUACAAUCAUGAGAUUUUAGGGCAGCAAAUCAAUGACUUUACCCUUCCUGAUGUGAACCUUAUUGGGGAGCAUUCGGAUGCUGCAGAGCUUGGAAGGAUGCUUCAACUCAUUUUAGGCUGUGCUGUGAACUGUGAACAGAAGCAAGAGUACAUCCAAGCCAUUAUGAUGAUGGAAGAAUCUGUCCAACAUGUGGUGAUGACAGCUAUACAAGAGCUAAUGAGUAAAGAAUCUCCUGUGUCUGCUGGAAAUGAUGCCUAUGUUGACCUGGAUCGGCAGUUGAAGAAAACUACAGAGGAAUUAAAUGAAGCCUUGUCAGCAAAGGAAGAAAUUGCUCAAAGGUGCCAUGAAUUGGAUAUGCAGGUUGCAGCAUUGCAGGAGGAGAAGAGCAGUCUGCUGGCAGAGAAUCAGAUAUUAAUGGAAAGACUUAAUCAGUCUGAUUCUAUAGAAGAUCCUAAUAGUCCAGCAGGCAGAAGGCAUCUGCAGCUCCAGACUCAGCUAGAACAGCUCCAAGAAGAAACAUUCAGAUUGGAAGCAGCCAAAGAUGAUUAUCGAAUACGCUGUGAAGAGUUAGAAAAGGAAAUCUCUGAACUUCGGCAACAAAAUGAUGAACUAACCACUUUGGCAGAUGAAGCUCAGUCGCUAAAAGAUGAAAUAGAUGUUCUUAGACAUUCUUCUGAUAAAGUGUCAAAGCUAGAAGGUCAAGUGGAAUCAUAUAAAAAGAAGCUAGAAGACCUUGGUGAUUUGAGGCGGCAGGUUAAACUCUUAGAAGAGAAGAAUACCAUGUAUAUGCAGAACACUGUUAGUCUAGAGGAAGAGUUAAGAAAAGCCAAUGCAGCCCGAAGUCAACUUGAGACAUACAAGAGACAGGUAGUAGAACUACAAAAUAGAUUAUCUGAAGAAUCAAAGAAAGCAGAUAAAUUAGAUUUUGAAUAUAAGCGGCUAAAAGAAAAAGUUGACAGUCUUCAAAAAGAAAAGGAUAGGUUAAGAACAGAAAGGGAUUCUCUGAAAGAAACCAUUGAAGAACUUCGUUGUGUACAGGCUCAAGAAGGGCAGCUCACAACGCAAGGGUUAAUGCCUCUGGGGAGUCAGGAAUCUUCAGAUAGUCUGGCUGCAGAGAUUGUUACUCCUGAAAUCAGGGAGAAACUUAUUCGUCUUCAGCAUGAAAAUAAGAUGUUAAAAAUUAGCCAAGAGGGUUCAGACAAUGAAAAAAUUGCCUUGUUGCAGAGCCUUCUAGAUGAUGCAAAUCUACGCAAGAAUGAACUGGAGACAGAGAAUAGGUUGGUGAAUCAGAGACUUUUAGAAGUACAAUCACAAGUUGAAGAAUUGCAAAAGUCUUUGCAAGAUCAAGGCUCAAAAGCAGAAGAUGCUAUUUCUGUUCUUCUAAAAAAGAAGCUGGAAGAACAUCUAGAGAAACUGCAUGAAGCCAAUAAUGAAUUGCAGAAGAAGAGAGCUAUUAUUGAAGACCUUGAACCAAGAUUUAACAACAGCUCCUUAAAAAUUGAAGAAUUACAAGAAGCUUUACGGAAGAAAGAAGAGGAGAUGAAACAAAUGGAAGAGCGAUAUAAAAAAUAUUUAGAGAAAGCCAAAAGCGUUAUCCGUACUUUAGAUCCUAAACAGAAUCAAGGAGCAGCACCAGAAAUACAAGCUCUUAAAAAUCAACUGCAGGAACGAGAUCGGCUCUUCCAUUCAUUAGAGAAAGAAUAUGAGAAAACGAAGAGUCAAAGAGAAAUGGAGGAGAAAUAUAUUGUUAGUGCCUGGUACAAUAUGGGAAUGACUCUGCACAAAAAGGCAGCUGAAGAUAGGCUUGCUAGCACAGGUUCAGGGCAGUCAUUUCUGGCUAGGCAAAGGCAGGCAACCAGCACAAGAAGAUCUUACCCGGGCCAUGUCCAGCCAGCCACAGCAAGGUAGACAAGUCUUGCCAUUAGAACAAACCCCCCUGCAUUCAAAGCAUACUUCUGUUACAUAUAACAUUUCAGGAAAUUCAGCCAGCUUAUAUUUUGUCUCUAUGUUAAUCUUCAGUUGUUUCUCCUUUGAGGACUUUUUCUCUCCCUUAUCUAUAAUGUUUUCAUUCUUGGUCCUUUAUUUUGUAGUCUUUUCAGUUCCUUUUAAUGUGCCAAAAUUUUUAAAUGCCCAGUUAAAAGUGUUGUAUAAUAGUGUAGUACUUUUCUUUGUAUGAAAAUGUCCUUUCCCCAAUGGUGUAGGCUUUGUAAUGAAUUAGAUUUUCUGCCAACAAUUGGUAUACGAUUUAUAUUCUUUAUUGUGCCUCUGUGUUAUCAUGCUUUAUAAGAAUGUCUUUGUUUAAAGGAAAUUAAUCUUUUUAUGAUAUAUUAAUCUGUGUUUUCAAUUGUUUUCCAAAUGCACUUCAAAUAACUUGCAUAUUUACUAUAUAAAAUGGUUGGCAAGUAUACUUUUUGCAAAGACAAAUACAUUGGCAGAGGUGCUAAUCAAAUCUUACCUAAGGCACCUGGUAGAAUUACUUAGAGGGAAAAAUGAAUUUUCACGUUGUUUUAUAGGAAAUUAAAUUUGUCUGAAUAUUUGGAUAUUUUUUUAACAACAUCAAUACAUAGAAUUUCAUUACUUCCUACUAGUUUGCUGGUAGAAGUGAAUGCGAUGGUUAUUUGGGGGGGGGGGGAAUUACAGAAGGAAAAAAAUGAGGCAGUGCAUUAAUUUUGUAUUGUUUUGCAAUAUCAGAGUGAUUGAUCAAAUUUUAGUAAUGUGGCUGAUAUUUCUAACUUCAGUUGCCGGUCAUAUGAAAGAUUCAUUUUCCUACUUAACAAGUAACAGUCUUCUUACCUUUUGGUAAACUACCUUCUUCACUUGCAUCUCACAAGUUUUACUUUUUCUUUAUAUAAACCCUUCUAUUUUCCAGUAAUUCCUAAUACUUAACAUCCUAAUACUAGUCUUUAAAAUCAAUAAGCGACUUCUUAUAUGUGAUGUUCUAACAUAUGUCUUUUACAUUUUUUCCCUAAUUCUCUAUACUAGUCGAAGAAUUUGCUACUGAAUAGAAUCGCUUGGGUAUUUGGUUGCCUCAAACUGCUUAGAUUUGUCAACAGAUUGUUUGUUUAUGUUAAUGAAUGACUGUCAAAUGAAAUAAUAAUCAUACAGCACUUUGACUAUAUUAGGUGCUAUAUAAAUGCAGAAUAUCAUUCAUUGGAAAAUGAAAUGCCUCUGCCUAACUUUCUAUAUUGACCAAACAUAUGGUUUCAAAUUAUAUUUAAAAAUCCCUCCACCUUUUUUUUUUACACCUGAAGUAGAAAUCACUAAAGUAGGAAUUACUAAAAUUAAAGGUCAGUUUUUUUGUUUGUUUUUGUUUUUACAUAGGUCACUUAAAAUGAGAAUUGGAGAAACUAUAUUGAAAUAUUUUAGUUCUACUUCCCUUUUUAUAAGAACACUUACCUAAAAAUUAGUAAAGUUUCCAUUUGUCCUCAGAAACCAUACUGAAGAAUGGUAGUAGAGCAUACAUAAAUGACUCUGCAUUGCACUAAUUUUUUACAUUAUGUACAGAGAAGUCUGAGUACAGGAAGAAUUAGUAGUGAUGGAGAAAACCAUGUGAGUAGAAUGUAUUGUGGGGUUUUAGAGGCUAAGCAGACUGAAUCCAACAUAGAAAGUUUUGACAAUGAAGAUUAAAAACUAAGAUAGUUACUACUCCCACAUCCUUAUUUCACAAAUAGCAUAAGGAUUUAACUAUUUUAAAACAAAGCAUGAACACUAACUUUGGUAAUGUAAAAUUGUUGGGAAAUUAUACCCACAGAAUAAAGUAGAUGAAACUAAGCAUUUAAGGGUUUAUAAACCACUCAUUUAAUAGAUUAUAGCCCGUGAGAUGAGUGGUUUUAAGUUUAGUUUUCUGGUUACUACUCCAGUUCUGGUCUCCUACCCAUUCAUCUACUUAGACAUCUAAGCAGGUUGAAAAGGCACCAGGCUUUUCAAAGGUUUACUUCUGAUUUUUCUUUUGCAUCUGUUGCAUGCCCUUAUUUUAGUGUUUAUAUUCAUAAUUUCCAUUCUCUUUUCUUAUACAUUUAAGUUUAACAUACUAUUUUCAUUACAGAUAAAACUGUAUUUCUAAACACUAUGAUUUUUUUUUUAACCAGUUAUAAAACUUAGCUGUAACAAUGACAACUGUUUCCCUUGCCCACAUUUGGACAGGAUUUAUGAAAUUUCAUUUCUCCAGUAAUGAUUAAUAAUUUCUCAGGUUUAUGAUGAUCUUUUAUGAUAUCUGGAAAUUAAGAGGCAUUGGGCACUUUAGAUGUGACCGAUACUGUGCUGUAUUUUCAUAAAUUCCUUGUACACAGUAGCUUCAUAAAGCCACAGUUCUCUUAACAGUGGAGCUAAUCCUGACAUCAGCAGUGGAGUAAGUACAGUGUUAAAUUAGAGUUAGGUUGGAUAGCUAUCACCCCACUGUCUGCACUCUUACAAACAAAAAAGCUAGCUGUCUGUUUUCCGUUUAACCAGGGUAAGAAAAUACAAAGUUAACAGCUAAAAAAUAUUAAAGCAUAACAUUUAUGUUCUGCAGUGUAUAUUUAAGAAGUUUUUAAAUGAGGAUAAAAGACAGCAAAUAUAGCAGUUCACCAUAACUAAAACAAGAAUUGUAUCUUAACAGAGCAUUCAAAACCUUGAUCAUAUCUUUUUAUCAGUUCUCUACCUGAUAAAAAUUAAGAAGUCCCUAAGUAAAGGAUCCACGAUCCAAAAUUGAUCUACACUGAAAUAUUUCUAUUAGAUAACCAUAGUCUGAUAAAAAAUUGGUUUAAUGGGUUUUUAGAUUAUAAUAAGGAUAAUAUUGUGCUCUCAUUUUGUUGAGGUUUUAUUAUUUUAUUUAUAUAAUAAAAAUUCUGUAGUGCGGAAUUAGGUUGAAUAAAACUCACAGAAAUAGCAGCCUGUGUAUUUCAUUAGUCCCUACAAAAAGCAUGAAAAAUUAGUGAUGCACAAAUAGCAGUAACUGACAAAGAGGAGUUAGUUGAGAAGAGGCACUGCAUUUUAUUUAUGAGCUAUUUUACUCACAUCUCCUUUUCAGUACCAGUUUUGUUUAUUCUAAUUAACUAAUAUAAUAUUACAUACUCUUUUGUGCCUCUUGUUCUCAGAGCAGCUUUCAGUCCUUUAAAGAUACCACCAUGUUUAAAACUUGAAAAUAUCCCAAAUAAAAGGUAUCUUGAUAAUUUUUAAGUUUUCCUCACUCUGUGCAUUUAAUCUCUGAUUGUCCAGAUCUCAGGCUCCAGGAAUAUUAUAAUUAUCCCUAUUUGGAACACUGUGAGAUGUAUCUGAGAAAACAUCCAGAACCCACAGUUAGAGUAAAACCUGGUUGGUUUACAGCCACAUGAAUGAGAACUUUGCUCCUAAAGUGAGAUGAAUGUGCUUGGCAUCUUGCUUUUGUUAAGGGCAAAAUAACAGCAUUAGAAAUAAAAUUGUUCCUGUUGCCUAUAUUUGGAAAAAUAUUUUGACUUUCCAUCUUUAUGUUAUGAAGGAACUCUGCCUAGAAGAGACUGUCAAUUGAUGUAGCAUUGUACUUAACAGUGAAGCCCCAGGGAUAUCCUGAAGUAGCAUAAAAGAGUAUAGGGUGCAAAAUAAAAUGGAAUAUCAGAAUAUUCAAAAAGUUAUUUUAGCAUAUCUUUUAUUUUUCCCUUUUUAUGAGUUAAAAGGGGUUCCAUUCAGUAAAGAAAAUAUUCUUUCCUGUAGACCAGCUGCAGAAUGGCAGUUUAUUUUGGUAAUUGCACAACCCAGUUGCAUUACAUUUAGGAAGCAUUUCAGAGUUUAUUCUUUGUAACUAUAAUGAUUAAAAUAUUUUAUAUCAUCAACUUUUUAUAUAAGGAAAACUAUUCUCAAUGUCUGUGUCAUCCAGUAUUUUACUUUCUAUAAAGCAUAUUUAAAUAAUUGGUAUAUGUUCCUUUAUUGAAAUUUGGAGGUAUUUUUUGCCUAGUUUCGGCUCAGUAAUUUCUAAGCUUUGUAAUAAAUACCAUUCUGGUCUUAGAAACCUAAAAAUAAGCAAAUAACUAGCUGCUAAUACAGCUAAUCUACCUUUCCCAACCCCCCAAAAUUCUGAAAGUAUUAAUAUUUAAUUUAUUAAAUGAAGGACCGCAAAAUGUGAUAACAUCCUUACCUGUGUUCUUAGGAAAUAUUCACUGAUUAUUUUGUUUUCAGAAGCCUUUUAUUAAAUCCAAUUCACAUGUAUUAUCAUCAUGAAUAUUGGAACUUAAAAAAUGUAUGUUUAUAUAUAUAUAUAUCUUGAAACACGAGUACACUUAGGUUCUUUGAAUUGCAUUGAAAAUGAUAGAGAAGGGACUUUAGUUUAUUUGAGAACAGGACAAGUAUAUGUGUUUUUGCAAUUUUGAGGGGCUUCCUGGUAAUUACGUAUCAACAAUUAUGUGUUGUCUCAUUUCACAAUUUUUUGUAUUUUUUAUUUUCUCCAGUAGUAUUUUAUGUUGCUGGUUAGAUUUGUAUGCCAUAUAGAGCAUAGAAAUCUGGGAAAGUAGCAGAAGCCUAUUAAAGCAAAUCCAUUCCUGGAGGGUGGGAUGGAUUAUCAGGAUAAGAAAUGACCUAAUUAUAAAUAAAUACUCAGACAGAACUAUUACUACAAUUCAUACUUUGUCUAUCUUAACAAGUGUUCCUAAAGUAAUGGAUUAAACAAAAUUUUGUCUGUUACAUGAUCAUUCAGUACAAACAGCAAACAAACACAUAAUUUAGUUUUAAUUGUCCUGCCCUUCAGUGGGCGUUAACUAGGCAAACAGUAUUAGUUUUCUAGAGUUACCACUUUAUCUACUUUAAAAACCAUUAGCCCAGUUUUAUGUUCCCCUUGAUUACACAUAGUAGCCCAACACAAAAUUUUGCUUAAAAUGGAAGACUUAAAAAAAUAAUUCAAAAAAAGCCUUUACGUACCUGAUAUAUUACUGCCAGACUCUGAUUUAAACACUUAGCAUCUGAAGAUGAACUCAUCAGAGCAGGUGUCCUUAGCUUCAAAAUUUUAGGUUCACAGGGCUAACAUAUCAAAUUACAUAUUUACUCAGAGCUUAAAGGGCGAAAUAAAUAUGAUGAGAAGAGCAAUCAAAAU